GCUCCGCCCAGAUCCGUUCCGCUCCGCAGAGCCGGCGCGGCCAGAGCGCAGGGAGGGCGGCAUUCGGCCUCGGUGCCCGCAGCCCCACGCGCUCCCUCUGCCGCGGGACCUGGGUCCCCGGGCCGCUCCCCAGAGGCCUGAGCGCACCGCGGGCGGGAGCUGGGCCGGGAACCGCGGCGAGGGAGGGAGCGAGGAGCGAGCAGAGUCGCGUGCACGGGCGAGCGGCUCCGGGUCCCCUCCCAGCCCCGGCCGGUGACCGUCGCCGCCAGACUCGGGCUGCCGGUGGGAGGGCUGUGCGCCUGCGACCCGUCGGGGGCCGCAGCAGCUCUGCCGAAGCGCAGCGGCUGUGUCCGCGCGACGCCCCACGCGGGACAGGUCCCUGGAUGAGAAGGAGCUGACAACAGCUGAGUCCCACCUUCUCUGUGUGCUGGGCGCAGGGCUGCAUGGCCCGAGGGGCACCAAUGCCGAAGAACAGCAAGGUGACCCAGCGUGAGCAGAGUGGCGAGCAUGUCACAGAGUCAGUGGCCGAUCUGCUGGCCCUGGAGGAGCCCAUGGACUACAAGCAGAGUGUCCUGAACGUGGCCAGUGAGGCGGGAGGCAAGCAGAAGGCGGCGGAGGAGGAGUUGGAGACCGAGGACCGGCCAGCCUGGAACAGCAAGCUGCAGUACAUCCUGGCCCAGAUUGGGUUCUCUGUGGGUCUGGGAAACAUCUGGAGGUUCCCUUACCUGUGCCAGAAAAACGGAGGAGGUGCCUACCUGGUGCCCUACUUGGUGCUGCUGCUCAUCAUCGGGAUCCCCCUCUUCUUCCUGGAGCUGGCUGUGGGCCAGAGGAUCCGCCGUGGCAGCAUUGGCGUGUGGCACUACGUGUGCCCCCGCCUGGGGGGCAUCGGCUUCUCCAGCUGCAUAGUCUGCCUUUUUGUUGGGCUGUAUUAUAAUGUGAUCAUCGGGUGGAGCAUCUUCUACUUCUUCAAGUCCUUCCAGUACCCGCUGCCCUGGAGUGAAUGUCCUGUCAUCAGGAAUGGGACCUUGGCAGUGGUGGAGACAGAGUGUGAAAAGAGCUCAGCCACUACCUACUUCUGGUAUCGAGAGGCCUUAGACAUCUCCAACUCUAUCUCGGAGAGUGGCGGCCUCAACUGGAAGAUGACGCUGUGCCUCCUGGUGGCCUGGAGCAUCGUGGGCAUGGCCGUGGUCAGGGGCAUCCAGUCCUCGGGGAAGGUGAUGUAUUUCAGCUCCCUCUUCCCCUAUGUGGUGCUGGCCUGCUUCCUGGUCCGGGGGCUACUGCUGCGAGGGGCUGUUGAUGGCAUCCUACACAUGUUCACUCCCAAGCUGGACAAGAUGCUGGACCCCCAAGUGUGGCGGGAGGCAGCCACACAGGUCUUCUUCGCUCUGGGGCUGGGCUUUGGGGGUGUCAUUGCCUUCUCCAGCUACAACAAGCAGGACAACAACUGCCACUUCGAUGCUGCCCUGGUGUCCUUCAUCAACUUCUUCACCUCGGUGCUGGCCACGCUCGUGGUGUUUGCUGUGCUGGGCUUCAAGGCCAACAUCAUGAAUGAGAAGUGUGUGGUCGAGAAUGCUGAGAAAAUCCUGGGGUACCUCCACAACAACAUCCUGAGCCGGGACCUCAUCCCCCCCCACGUCAACUUCUCCCACCUCACCACCAAGGACUACACGGAAAUGUACAAGGUCAUCAAGGCGGUGAAGGAAGACCGUUUCUCAGCCCUGGGCCUCGAUCCCUGCCUUCUGGAGGAUGAGCUGGACAAGUCUGUGCAGGGCACAGGCCUGGCCUUCAUCGCCUUCACUGAGGCCAUGACGCACUUCCCCGCCUCCCCGUUCUGGUCUGUCAUGUUCUUCCUGAUGCUCAUCAACCUGGGUCUGGGCAGCAUGAUUGGGACCAUGGCCGGCAUCACCACGCCCAUCAUUGAUACCUUCAAGGUGCCCAAGGAGAUGUUCACAGUGGGCUGCUGUGUCUUUGCAUUCUUCGUGGGGCUGUUGUUUGUCCAGCGCUCCGGAAACUACUUUGUCACCAUGUUUGAUGACUACUCAGCCACUCUGCCUCUCACCGUCAUUGUUAUCCUCGAGAACAUUGCCGUGGCCUGGGUCUAUGGAACCAAGAAGUUUAUGCAGGAGCUAACGGAAAUGCUGGGCUUCCGGCCCUAUCGCUUCUAUUUCUACAUGUGGAAGUUCGUGUCUCCACUGUGUAUGGCUGUGCUCACCACAGCCAGUGUCAUCCAGCUGGGGGUCACGCCCCCAGGGUACAGCGCCUGGAUCAAGGAGGAGGCUGCAGAGCGCUACCUAUAUUUCCCUGACUGGGCCAUGGCGCUCCUGAUCACCCUCAUCCUUGUGGCGACCCUGCCCAUCCCUGUGGUGUUCGUCCUGCGGCACUUCCACCUGCUCUCUGACGGCUCCAACACCCUCUCCGUGUCCUACAAAAAGGGCCGCAUGAUGAAGGACAUCUCCAACCUGGAGGAGAAUGAUGAAACCCGCUUCAUCCUCAGCAAGGUGCCCAGCGAGGCGCCCUCCCCAAUGCCCACUCACCGCUCCUACCUGGGGCCCGGCAGCACGUCGCCCCUGGAGCCCAGUGGCAAUCCCAAUGGACGUUAUGGGAGCAGCUACCUCCUGGCAGGCACCCCUGAGUCGGAGCUGUGACCGUGCCCCCCACCCUCCCCACCCCUCCCCACAUACCCAACCAGCUCACUUGUCCCGGCCUGGCCUCUCCUCCCAGGCCCUCUGCCCAAGGAGUGGGGUUUGCCUUGCCUCAUCCCCAUAGGCAACUUCUCCCUAGACAUGAGUGCAGGCUGGGAGGAGCUCUGGCCCCCAUUCCAGGCUCCCAGCCCAUCUGAACUUCUGAGAUCCUGUCACCAAAUUGCAGCUGAAUAACUGGAACAAUCCAGAAGUCCUCAUUCCCUACAUAGGGGAGACUGCUGUGGCCAUUUUAGGGGUCACCCCACACUACACUCCCUCUUUCCCUGUAAAGUGGCACCUGUAGUUCUUAGGCCUUGGGGAUCCCUCUGUGCUGCCAGGUGGUGUUGGUGGUGAGAGGCCCCAGGGUCAGGUGGGGUGGGGUGUCCCAGAGGCUGCCUGAUUUAAGGGUAGGGAUUUAGGACAGAGGUGCUAGGACUUAGGUUCAGACUUGGGAUGGAGUCUGCAAAAGUUGCCAGGUUCUGUUUUGUGAGGCAGAUGGUACCCUCUGGCUUGAGCAUGAGCCGUAGCAGUGUGUGUGUGGGUGCCCCUCUGCCCCUAGGUCUACUCAGACUCUUCAUAUACCCUUGGCCCUGCCUCAGGUGGGUGGCGUGGGCUCCUUCAUCCUGCCUGGAAGGGCAAUGACUGGGCCUGGGAAACUUGCCCACCUCCGUUAGUGCUUAGCCUGCCCUCUCUUCCUGCAUCCUGGAGCCAGACUGGUAGCCUCUGCCUCUUUCCUGGACAGAGAAGGGAGAGGUUUCCAGAGCACAUGUAGUGGUUCAAAGCACAGUUCAGAUGGCUUGGAGCACAAUUGUAAAGCACACUCCCUCUCCUCUCACCUGGGGCCUGACUUUCUCACUAGCAGCAGCUCCUCCCCUAGAAUGGGGUCCCUGGAGGUCAGGGGCUCACUCCCAGGAAUCCUUGAACCUGGGGAAAGACACAUAAUUUCACUGCCCCUUUGGGCUGCCGCUCACUCUCCUUCUGCAAGCACAGCCACUUGGUGUGCACGCUGUGUGCAGAUACCUAGGAAACCUUUCCCAAGAUGCCCAGGCCCUGGUAGAGGGGCCACACCCAGUGCUGUGGACACUGGAGAGUGCCAGAGGAAAGGGCCACAUCUCUGUCCUGGAGCCCAGCGCCUGCAGCCUCCGUACCCACCCUUAGCUCUACCCCAGAAGAAGCCUGUCCUCAGAGUGCAUGCUGGGACAGUUGGAACCUAACUGGGGAAUAAGUGU